UCCGCCCCCAAUCGGCAGUCGGCUCGCCCCCUCCGCGCGGGCCCAGCCUGAUGUAGGUGGGCGGCUGGGCCAGAGGGCCCCGGCCGAGGCGAGGCUCCCACGGUCCUGUCGCGUGGCAGGUGGGCACGGACAGCCGGCAGGCAGGCGCGAGGGCGUCGAGUCGUGGAAAGACCGCCCGCGCCGAGCCAAGGGACGUGGCGGGUCCCGGGCUGGCCGCCUCAGCUUCUGGCCAAGGGCGCCGAUGAUGCUGCGACACCUGGGAGGAGGGCUAGUGGAGGAGGCAGCGGCCGCGGCCGGACGGGCACCCAGCAGCGGGAGGACCGGGGGGAGGGACAAGCCGCUGGAGGCCACGCGGCGUUGGGAGGCGUGGAGGUGACGGACGAUGGCCUUUAGGUUUGUCUAGAGCUGACCCUCGCCGCCUGUUUUGUGUCCUGUCACACCCACAACCCUGUGAGGCGUGCGGCUGUGGGGCCCCGCGCCUUUUCCAGGCUGGCCCUCUAAGGCUGGUGCAUGGCUGGCACCGUGCUUGGGGCAGUUCUCAGUUUGGAUAGCAGCACGGGACAGGUCACACGCUGGUUCUCACGGCUUCAGGACACCCCAGAAGGCCACCUCAGAAGCAAGGUCUGUCGUCUUCCUCUGCCCCAGCUGAAUGGGGCUGAGCUUGUCUGUUUUGUCUCCCCGAGAGUGAGUUGGGGAGGCUUCAGGCCAGGGCUGCCUCCUGUCUACCACGGAUUCCAAGGUGGUUCACGGCCCAGAUGGCUGCCAAGUCCUGCUCCGGGUCUCCGGGCGAGAUGCCUCUGACCUUCCAGGAUGUGGCUGUGUACUUCUCCAGGGCAGAAGGGCAGCAGCUGGGCCCCCAGGAGCGGGCGCUGUACCGGGAUGUGAUGUUGGAGAACUAUGGGAACGUGGCCUCACUGGGAUUUCCAGUCCCUAAGCCAGAGCUGAUCUCCCAGCUGGAGCAAGAGGAGGAGCUGUGGGUCCUGGAUCUUCUGGGGGCUGAAGAACCAGACGUCUUAAGAAGUUGCCAGACAGAUUCUGAGAUUGAGCCCAAGAAGGAGUUAUCUAUUUUAAACCAGAAAUAUUCUGAAGAAGUAGAAACACCAGAAUUAAUAUCACAGAAACUCCUAAGCGCUAAUUCACAAACCCCUGAAUCCCAGGAAGCCUGGGACCAUGAAGGUCAGGAAGAAGGGAACCAAGGAAGUUCUACUCAGAGUUUGGAGAAAGUUGCUGGAGCGGGUUCUCCAGUAUGUAGGGAACAACUCCCAGAAAAUGCCCAGACUCCGGCAUUUCAUAGACACUUGAAUCCAAGCCAAAGUGUCUUUACAGUUCAAAAAAGUAAAACAGGACAGAGAGUUUUUAAAUGUGACAUAUGCAAUAAAACAUUUAAAUAUAAUUCAGACCUAAGUCGGCAUCGCAGAAGUCACACCGGGGAAAAGCCUUAUGAGUGCGGUCCGUGUGGGCGGGCCUUUACUCACAGCUCAAAUCUUAUUCUCCACCAGCGAAUUCACACCGGGAAUAAACCAUUCAAGUGUGAUGAAUGUGGGAAAACUUUUGGGCUCAAUUCCUAUCUCCGUCUGCAUCAGCGAAUUCACACUGGAGAAAAGCCUUUUGGGUGUAAUGAAUGCGGGAAGGCCUUCAGUAGAAGUUCAAGUCUUAUUCAGCAUCGCAUAAUCCACACAGGAGAGAAACCUUACAAGUGCAAUGAGUGUGGGAAGGCCUUCAGCCAGAGCCCUCAGUUAACCCAGCACCAGAGGAUUCACACCGGGGAGAAGCCCCACGGGUGCAGCUGGUGUGGAAAGGCGUUCAGUCGAAAUGCAAGCCUCAUCCAGCACCAGAGGAUUCACACCGGGGAGAAGCCCCACAAGUGCAGCCAGUGUGGGAAAGCCUUCAGCCAGAGCUCCAGCCUGUUUCUCCACCACAGGGUGCACACCGGAGAGAAGCCCUACGUUUGUAGGGAAUGCGGCAGGGCCUUUGGCUUCAACUCUCACCUUACGGAGCACGUGAGGAUCCACACCGGGGAGAAGCCCUACGUUUGCAGCGAGUGCGGCAAGGCCUUCAGCCGCAGCUCCACUCUGAUGCAGCACCGCAGAGUACACACGGGGGAGAAGCCCUAUCAGUGCACCGAGUGUGGGAAGGCCUUCAUCCAGAGCUCCCAGCUCACCCUGCACCAGCGUGUUCACACUGGGGAGAAGCCUUACGAAUGCAGUCUCUGUGGGAAGGCCUUCAGCCGGAGAUCAGCCCUCACUCAGCAUCAACGGACUCACAUGGGAGAGAACCCACAGGAAUUUGAGUGUGGCCCAGAUUUUGUUUAUGACUCGAGCCAUCUGUCCACCGGAGAGAGACAUGGCAGGGCCUUCAGCCACAGUGCAAAACUUGUUCUGCAGUGGACGAUUCGAAGUGAUGAAAAAUCCCGGGGAUGUAAUGAAUGUGGGAAAGCUUUCAGCACUUCCUCACAAUCCAUGGAGUAUCAGGACAUCCCAGCUGGGGAGAAACCCUACAAAUGCCAAGAAAGUGGUAAAGCUGGCAGUGGGGUGUCACCCCAUGCUCAACAUCAUGUAACUCGUGUUGCAGAGAAACCACAGUCGAAUGACGGAUCUGAAAGAUACUUAAUUCAUAUCAAAAAGAUCUUCCAAGAAAGACAUUUUUAAUGUGAUAAAUGUGGAAAACAAUUUAGAAACUUGGUUUUGUAUUAGGUAGGAUGGCAUAAUGAAAAUUAAAUAUACUUUUACUAACAGGCUUGCAUGUUAGGAAGCUGGGGCCCAUUUGACUACUGUCUCCACCCACCCCACUCCCCAUGUCCAGGGUCCUGACCGACUCAGCACAGCAGGCUACCUUAGCAUUAGGUCAAGCUCAGGUUUUUACGGGAGGGCUAAGUUUCAACACUAAACAGCAGCUGAUGAAAGGUUUCAAGAUACCACAUAAUGCUUCAUUGGUGGUCAUAAAAGAGAAACCCAGAGAUCUGGGGUGUUACCUUUGAGAAUCUCGAUGGUGCUAAGGACAAGAUAUGGCCAGGAAUGGCAAGUAUGUGGAUAGUCUGGGGACUGAGGUGACUGCCAGUGGCUGCACUAAAUAUAGGUUCUCUAGGUGUAGGGGGGACUGAAGGCUUGGGGGGCAGCAAGGAGUGGGGGUUGCAGAGACAUCAACACAGAGUGACAGCUGUGGGUAACCAGGGCUCAGGGCCGGUCUGACAGUGACAACCAGGACAGCCACAAAGAGUAAAGCUGCUGGGGAUUCUUCUGGUGGCUGUAAUUUAGUUUUUCCAUCUCCACUGAAUAGUUACAGAUAGUGAGCGAAUAUGGUGUUUCCACUUUUGAAAUGGUUCCGUUCUCUUCUGCCAACACAGCCUGACUGCUGACCCCAGGUCUCCUCAUUACUGACUUUUUAAAGAAGUGCUGUCCUUGUUUGUUUUGUGUUGUUUGGUUUUUAAAUGUUUUCUAAGCACUUGAGCCACAGAGACAGGCAGAGCUCAGGGAGUUUGAGGUUUCAGAACAGCCAGAGCUACAUAAAUCAUGUCUCUAAAAAGCACUUCAGAUUUUAUUUUUUGUUUUAACUGUAACUCCUGUUUUUCCCCCCCCUGAAAGAUUGUCAGCACACUUGUGUAAAUUUUUUUUAUUUUUUGGGGGGAUGGUGGUUGCAUUGUCUUUUUUCACUAUCUACUGGGGUUAUCCUGUGGGAUUUGGUACCUCCACUUGGCUCUCUGAGAGCAAGCGGGCUCUGAAUCGACUAUUGUUUUGGAAGUUGAGCAAGCUGUGGUUUUCUCCAACUCGAUACACUAUUUCUCAGUGAAGCCUGGUUGGACCCCCGUUGGCAGCAGGGCUGCCUGAGUCCAGCCUGCACACUCACCGUGCUGUGUGCCCCGGUGUCAGUACAGACAGCGAGAGGUUCUUGUUGGUGUUUAUUUAUACUGUUCUUCUGUACUGGAAGAUCAUGAAUAAGCCAUGGGUGUUGUGUGCAAUGGCUAAGGAGAUCUUAGGCCCAGUUUCCUUUGGUUUUAUGAAGCCAAUUAAAAGACUGAAAAUCAA